UUGGUGAGUUUUUUGGGGAGGGAAUUCGGAAAAAUCGAAGAAAUCGAUAAAAAAUUCUGUAAAUUUUGAAAAGGAUAUAAAUCAGCUAUUUUUGAAACAGUAGAAAAUUGAGCGCAAAAGAAUUUUUCGAAAUUUUUUUUUGUUUUAUUUCACUUUUUUUCGGUUUUAAUUUUCACAAUUCAGAAUCGAAAGAUUUUUUCCUAAAGUAUAAAAGACUAAUUAUCAAAAUCAUCCAAAACUUCAAAAAUUAUCAAUAAUUUUUGAAACAGUGAAAUUUUAUUUUCUACCAAACCCGACUAGGGGCUGUUAGCCCCCAGGCGUAACAGUCUUCUCAUUUAUUUCAGUUUCACUUUUUUCUGUAAUUAUAUUUUGAACCUAAUUAUUGUUGGAAUUUUGAAAAAAAAAAAACUAAAAGAGAGAAUUAUUUUAAAUUAUUUCACGUGUACGUGUGACGUAUCAUAGGUGGCGAUGACCAAACCGCCCAUAUUUUUCAUUAUUUUUUUUUGUGUGGAGUUCCUCCCAGUUUUUUUUUGCGUUGCACAUUUUUUGGGGGGGUUUUCAUUAUGUUUUUUAUUUUUUCGGCUUCUUUUCGGGUUAACAUCAGAUAGUAAAUUAGAUGUAUUUGUAGAUUAGCUAUAAAGACAAAUAAGAUUCAUUUCAACACUUUUCCAAUUCGAAUCAAUUAUUUCCAAGUACUUGUUUGUAUACAACAUUUCUCGCGAGUAUUCCAUUUCUGCUUGAUUUGUCAUCCGAGUUAUUUCUUUUCCAGUGUAAUAUCUGAAUAUCUGUUGAUUUUCUAACACGACUCAAAGCAACAUAUAAUUGCCCAUGUGAGAAAACAUCACUAUUCAAAUAUAAUCCAGUUCUUUCCAAUGUUUGGCCUUGAGCCUUAUUUAUGCUAAAGGCAUAAGCAAGUCUCAAUGGGAAUUGGAGUCUUUUAAAUCCACACUCUUUUGAUGACAAUCCUGAUGUUGUUAGGUAUUGUCUGUGGAAAAAGGCUCUUGGCAAUUUGCCAUUCUUAGUUUUAGGUUCACAUUCAAUGAUCUAUAAAAAUAUGUAAUCAUAUUGAGUACCUGAAAUUUUCGGAAUUAUUUUAAUUUUUCUAAGUUUUGGUAUACCGUAUUGUUGAUACGUAAUGCAGUUUUUUAAUCAAUUCUUCGAUUUCAAUCACCCCAUAAACAUCAUCCAGUCAAAAAAAAAAGUCAUAUUCAAAAUUUUUAGGGAGUUAAAACAGCAAAAGCGACGUAUAUAAUCCAAAAUUCUCUGGGAGAGGGUGGAUUUGGUUCUGUAUAUGAAGUGAUUCAAAAAAAUACCAAAAAGAAAUUUGCAAUGAAAGUCGAAAAACACCAAAAAAACAAACACUUGCUUCUACAAAUGGAAGUAUAUAUUUUGAACGUGAUGGAAGAGUCAGAAAAACGAAUAUGGUUCACAAAAUUGGUAGACAAAGGAUGUUAUGCGAACGAUGGUUAUAGUUUUAUUAUUAUCGAAAUAUUAGGACCAAGUUUGUACGAAUUGAAAAAUAGAUCAGCGCCAUUUUUAUUUUCCACUUCGACUGGCUUAUCGGUGAUUCAGCAAUGCUUAUUUGCAUGCGAACAAAUCCAUCAUCAAGGAAUAGUCCAUCGCGACAUCAAACCAGGAAACUUUGCCUGUGGGCUAAAUGAUAGAAAAAACAUCAUUUUUAUGAUCGAUUUUGGUAUUGCAAGGCGAAUAGUUGAUGGAAACGGAAAAAUGAAAGAAUUUCGAACUGGAUUAGCCUUCAAAGGAACUCCAAAGUUUGCAUCUUUAACUUGUCAUCAAAGAAACGACAUUGGUUUCAAAGAUGACAUUGAAUCCCUUCUUUAUAUGCUAUGUGACUUGAUAUCAAGAAAAGGUUUACCUUGGAAGAAUGAGUAUGACGAGCAAAUUAUUAUGAAAAUGAAAGAGAUUGCAUGGAGUGAUAUUGGAUCCCUUUUCAAUGGAUUGGAAUGUUGCAAAGAAUUGUCAGAUAUUUUCAAUUAUAUCAUUAGAUUGAAGUAUUCCGAUGAUUUAGAUUAUUUGUUCAUCUCCAAACAACGUAUUCUUGCCUGUAAAAAUCAUGGAGAAGAUAUCACAGCUCCAUUUGAUUGGGAAAAUAAUAUCAUCAACGGUUCGGAAAACAAUAAGUAAGUGUUUUUUUAUCAGAUGUUUUCAAUAAUCUGUUCGAAUUAUUUUAGAUUAUCAAUCGAUAUCGAAGAUGGAAAUGAUCAAAAAUACUUAUUGAGUGAUAGACAAGAAUUAAUUAUAAUCAAAUUAUUAAUAAUCAAAAAUUAA